AUGACUGAAGAACAACCAAAGAAAUCGGCAGCGCAGAUUCGCGCUGAAAAACGAAGACAACGAAUUCUAGGGCGGGGAGCUGCGGGAGCAGCUCAGAUUUCCGGCGAUAGAAUUGCACCUGGCCUCGAUUUUCCGCAACCUGGAAAUGACAAGGCUGGGGUCGGAAAUGAAGAAUUCGAAAAGCAAAUCGAAAAGAUCAUGGCAAAUGCGCCUAAUAACGGAGGAAAGCGAAACUUGACGACUUCUCAAAAUCCCCUGAGAGGCUCCAACGAUUUACCGCGCAAAAAUGCCGGUCCUCCGCCACUCAACCCGAUUGCAAAAGUUUUUCUUUGCCUUUUGCUGAACAUGGGCUGCUACUUUCUGAGAGUUAACUAUGGCUACGCGCUGGGGACAUCUGCGGUGAUUCUAGCCACUCUGCACUUUCUGGGCUUCAAUUCCAUCUUUGCCCCGCCGGCCAUGAUCAACAUGCUUUCUGGUCUGCUAAGGACAGCUGCUCUCGGAGCGUACUUUUUCUACAGCAUGUUCGAAUACAUCUUCCUUCAUGGAUUUUCCGUGUGCCUCAUUCAUCUCGUGGCGGCGAAGCUAAAUGGAAUCGAUGCUGUUUUCAGCGAUCCUGCCGAAUCCAUUCUCAAAAAUCCAGCGGAAAAGUAUCAAGAGCCGAUAGAGACGAUUGACGAAGACUACAGUAACCCAACUGAUUUUUAA